AUGCCGUCUUCAAUCCUACUCCAAAACGCGACCGUUAUCGUGCCCAGCUCUAGAGCAGGAGAUGAUGCUGUUUCCUUGAGGGAACAUUCCCUCCUCAUCGAGGGCAACACAAUUACUCGCAUAGCUCCGCAUGCAGAUGUCCGAGCUCCCUCAGCCGAUACGGAAAUCAUUGAUUGUCGCGGCAAGAUUGUCUCGCCGGGUUUCGUUGACACGCACCAUCAUCUCUGGCAAACGCAGCUGAAGGGCAGGCAUGCGGAUCAUUCGUUGGUCGAGUAUAUGACUUCUGGAAACAUGCAAUGCUCCAACUAUACGGCAGAUGACAUUUUCUGGGGCCAGCUUGGUGGUUGUCUUGCCUCCAUCGAUGCCGGCACAACCACUGUUGUCGACCACGCCCACAUGAGCUACUCACCAGCGCAUGUCGAAAACGCCUUAUCCGCAACAAUUUUCUCUGGUAUCCGCUCGGUUUUCGGUUUCACUCCCACUAUGAAAGUGAAAUCAUGGGAUCCGCCGUUUACGCUGGACCAGGACAUCUUGCCAGCUUGGGUGUUUGAAACUUUUGAUAAGCUCGCCCAAAGGGGCCCCUUCGGUGACGGCCGCGUCCAUCUUGGCUUUGCAUUGGACCUGUUCUUCCUUCCGAAGGAAAUGAUUCUCAGUAUAUUUGACCGAGUAACAAAGGCUGACUACCACGGCACGUCCCUCGUCGACCUGCUUGACUCCUACAAUCUCCUGGGCCCAAACAUCAUCCUCUCCCACGCCACUGGUGCCACCCCCGCCACGGCGCAAAAGAUAUCCUCAGCCGGUGCCUUUGUCGCCACUGCCCCAGAGACAGAGUCACAAAUGGGCCAAGGGCUGCCCAUCUCGGGGAGCGUUAGGGAUGUGUUCCGCCUCGCGACGAUACAGGGGGCCAAGGCGGUGCGUAUGCAUGACCAAAUUGGGAGUCUGGUCGAGGGGAAAAGGGCGGACAUUGUGGUUUUUGACGCGCUGAGCCCUGGGAUGGUUUGUGCGGCGGAACAUGAUCCCAUCGCGGCUAUUGUACUGCAUGCAUCGAUAGCGGAUAUUGAAACGGUGAUUGUCGAUGGGGUAAUUAGAAAGCGGGGUGGGAAGCUAGCCAAGGUAGAGGUCGAGGAGAGCAUUGCGGGGGUUAAUAAAAAGGAGGUUGUGUGGACGGACGUGGCGGAUCAACUUGUUAGGAGUCGGAGGGAGAUUCAGGAAAGGAUUGAGAAGAUUGAUCUGGAUAAGGCACUUGAAGCGUUUCUUAAAAUGUUUUAA